CAUCAAACGACGUCGGAACUUCCAGUCAGAUAGAGAACUACCCCCAGAUUCAAUUGCCUAGUCGCCUUAUUCUGAGACACACCGACAUGCAAUAUAUCGCCGUGCAAACAUUCAUCUACACAAGUGGCAGACCAUCCAAAGCGGCAAAACUCAUUAAUGAAAACCCAGGGCGCGGUCCAGUUGUCGCCCGGCUCCAGGCCUACUUUGCUGGCCUCUGCUCCUUUCACAAACGCUGUCUCGGUUCAAGUCUCCCAGGAUUUCUGCUUUGGAUAAUUACCCAUAUUUAG